AUGGGAGGGUCUUCGGUGAACGUUAUUAGUGCCUACGCCUUGAAAGUGGGUUUGGACAAAGAGAAGAAGAAGGAAUUCUGGGAGGUUUUAGAUGGGGUGGUGAAGAGCAUCUCGAGCACUGAGAAGCUUUUUGUGGGAGGGGAUUUCAAUGGGCAUAUUAGGUCUUUAUUGAGAGGUUGCAUUAGGGAGAUCGCUAGAGAGCUUUUGGGUGUCUCGAGAGGUCGAUCUAGCAAAUAUCGAGGAGACUGGUGGUGGAACGAAGAGGUUAAGAGAAAGGUGGACUCUAAGAAGGUUGCUUAUGAUAAGUUGGUUGGGAGCAAGGAUGAUGAGGAAAGGCAGAAAAAUAAGGAGGAGUAUAACGUAGCUAGAAGAGAGGCUAAGUUAACGGUUACGACAGCUAAGAUAGUAGCUUUUAAGAGUUUGUAUUUGGUUUUAGAAGAGAAAGGCAGAGAUAAGAAGUUGUAUAGGAUGGCAAAGGCCAGGGAGCGGAGGGCUCGUGACCUUUACCAAGUGAAUUACAUCAAAGAAGAGGAUGGUAUAGUAUUAGGUAAGGAUGCCCUCAUUAGAGAAAUGUGA